GACGAAACGAAAGUCCCACAACAAACACCGCGCUUCGGCUUGGGGGAAAAUCAGCUCAGGAAAAUUUUGUUGUUUCGUGAAAAAGUCGCUGCUGGCAUCUAAUUUUCCUUACACACACGUGUAAGUACGCUGCAUCCAUUGCAGCCGAGGUUGAUUGUGUGGUGUUGAGCGUGUUUAGGCGAAAGAAAAAGGGCACCGAACGAUUCGCACAAUUUGGCGCACUGUCGGCAAUAGCGGGAAACAAAGGAAACCAAACAACCGGCGGUAUGAAACCGGCGCGCAAAGAAGAAGCAGCCAACAACACGCAGGGCGAUGCAUCCGAGGAGGAGGAUGAUGAGAUGCACGAAACGUCCAGCAUGGGCAGUACCUGCACCGACAACACCUCCAAUGGCAGCGAAACCCAGAUCAACCGGCGAAAGCGGAGACGGUCGAAGAAAAAGCAACAGAAAACGGUGAAACCAAUCUUUAAGUUUAGUACGUAUGUGAAGGAAGACCACGGCCAGUCGCUGUUCGGUUGUCUGUUCAACUACAAUCUCAAGAACGGCGAGCUGCCAACGUUUGCGACGGUCGGCAGCAAUCGGGUGACCAUUUACCAGUGCCAGAACGAUGGAGGAAUCACGCUGAAGCAGUGCUACGCGGAUCCGGAUAACGAGGAAGUGUUUUAUACCUGCGCUUGGUCGCACGACGCGGAUACAGGCUCGCCGCUGCUGGCCGCCGGUGGGCUGCGCGGUGUGCUGCGUGUGUUCAACACGGCCUCGCUGGAGGGCCACAAGUACUACAUCGGGCACGGACAUGCCAUCAACGAGGUAAAGUUCCACCCGAAGGAACCGUACCUGCUGAUGUCCGCCAGCAAGGACCACUCGCUGCGCCUGUGGAACACCAAGACGGACAUUUGCAUUGCGGUGUUCGGGGGCGUCGAGGGCCACCGGGACGAGGUGCUCAGCUUCGAUUUCGACAUCCAGGGCAGACGGUUCAUGUCGUGCGGGAUGGACCAUUCGCUCAAGAUGUGGCGGCUCGACACGGAAACGAUGAAAAAUGCCAUUCGCAACAGUUACACGUUUAAUGAGGCGAAAAAUCUGUCCCGCUUCCCGUCGGUCAACGAACACUUUCCCGUGUUUUCGACGCGCGACAUCCACCGGAACUACGUGGACUGCGUGCGGUGGAUGGGAGACUUUGUGCUGUCCAAAUCGUGCCAGAACACGAUCGUCUGCUGGAAACCGGGCCGGCUGGAGGACGUGGAGGUGAAACAGAACGAAACGGUCACGACGAUCAUAACCACGCUCGAGUACAGUGAGUGCAUCAUUUGGUUCGUGCGGUUCUCGCUGGACUACUGGCAGAAGUAUCUGGCGCUGGGGAACCAGACCGGUCGCACGUACAUCUGGGAGCUGGACACGGACGAUCCGGUGCAUCCGCGCUGCAGCACACUGUACCAUCCGAAGUGCACCACCCCGAUCCGGCAGACGGCCUUCUCCCGGUCGGGCAACAUACUGAUUUGCGUGUGUGACGAUGGGACCGUUUGGCGAUGGGAUAAGAUCAAUAGUAACUAGCUCAUAUACAUUCGCCAGAGAGGAACGGGGGGGAGUUUCAUUAAAUGCGUGACUGGAGGAGGAUAAUAUCCAAACAAUUUGAGUACAUGAAUCAAAACAUAUGAAUAAACCGCGUU